AAUAAGGAACACAAGAAAUAGGCUACAAUGGAGUUAAAUAUAGUCGUAUUAUUGACAGAGAAAUAUUAGUUAUAAUAUCAGUAGAAAGUUUAAAUUCGAUAAAGUUAAUAGAAAAGUGAGGUUCUUCAAACUUCACAAUGCAGAAACCUACUGCUGGUAGUGUAUCUUCAGGCCGUCCGAUUAAAUGUGUGGUUGUUGGGGAUGGAACAGUGGGAAAGACAUGCAUGUUGAUUUCAUAUACUACUGACAGCUUUCCAGGAGAGUAUGUCCCAACUGUUUUUGACAACUACUCUGCUGCUAUGAUGUGUGAUGGUAUGCCUGUUAGUCUGGGACUGUGGGAUACAGCUGGUCAGGAAGACUAUGACAGACUACGGCCUUUAUCUUACCCUCAGACUGAUGUCUUCUUAGUUUGCUUCAGUGUGGUAAGUCCUUCAUCCUUUGAGAAUGUGACAGCCAAAUGGUAUCCAGAAAUAAAGCAUCACUGUCCAGAUGCCCCAAUGAUUUUAGUUGGAACAAAAAUAGAUUUGCGAGAAGACAAGGAAACACUCCAGUUGUUAUCUGAACAGGGACUGUCUCCAAUCAAACGAGAACAAGGACAAAAACUGGCCUCUAAGGUCAGAGCAGUGAAAUACUUGGAAUGUUCUGCUCUUACUCAAAGAGGUCUUAAACAGGUUUUUGACGAAGCUGUGCGGGCUGUAUUACGACCAGAACCCCAGAAGAGACGGCAAAGAAAAUGCAAGUUUGUGUGAUUUAAGUUUUUGUUUUGCAUGUUGCAGUGAGCCAUGUCGUCCAGAAGUCUAAACAACUGGUAAAUCAGUGCCUGCAUCAGCUUGUGAAAUCUGAUAUAUAUGUGUAAACAAAUUAAGCUUAAACAUUGAACUUCAAAAAUUGGACAAUCUCAAAACAAAAGAUACCAAAUUGUGAAACAGCUUCUUUAGAGUUACCUCUUAAUUUUAUGUACUUUAGUAGAAUGUAGGUGUAAGUUAAGCAAUAUGUAAAAAAUGAUGUGUUGCAGAGCCAAAUCAAGAUGUAAGAAAAACUGUUUUGUCUUUUUAUUCCUUGAUUGUUUUUGACAAAUAACUUUAAUGUAAGUGAUUUUACGUUAAUUCAGUUUUUAAGUAAUUAACAUGAAACUAAUAGUUGACAGUAUAAUGCAUUGUUUUGCAAUGUGGUAGCCUUUUAAAGGAGAUUGCUAUAGUUUACCUUGCAGUUAGCGAAUGGACAAGUUAUGAUGUUUGCUUUACUACAAAAAUUAGAGGGAAUUCCAAAUGGCAGUGCUCUUUUGUGUUUCCAAGUAUUUUUCAGUCUGUUUGCAAAACGUUCAGUAACUUUCUUUACCAAAAAUACUUAAUUGUGGACAUACAGUUAGUUGAGGUAGAUUUUGUAUUUGUUGAUACUUUUGUAAACAAUAUAGUAUUGUAUAAUGUUCCUAAAAUGUUUGUUUUUCUGUAUAAAUUCUUUUUGUGACCUCUUGUCAGUUGCCUGAAAAAUUAUGUAUUCAGAUCUAGGACAAACUCAGCUUUCUGUUUUAUAUUUUCCCUAGUCAUUUGAAUAAUUAAUUUUUAAGGUUGUACUUAAUUGUACACCAAACACUUCAUUGCAUUCAUUUACAAAAAUACUUUAGUAAGAAAAAAUUAAAAACAUAAGUCAACACCAACUUCAAAAUCAAAUUGUAAACAAAAUUAAUAUACUGACAAUGGUAUUAUUGUUAUUUGUAGGAUAAGCAAGUGUAAUUAAUUUUUUCAGAAGAUGAGGAUGUGUAAAAGUUGAGUGUUUUAGAAGAGGGUAUCAGAUUAAGUGUUAAGUAUUUUAGAUAAAUACCUGGAACUGUAAGGUUUGGAUGUUUCAUAAGACAUUGAACUGUAGGUGUUGAAUAUUUUAGGAACAGACAAGGAAUUUUAAGUACUUUAUGGGUUAAAUAAACCUACAGUAUUAUAUAUGCUGAAUUUUAGUCAAAGAAAUAAGAAUCAUUUUGUUUAAAAGGGUGUUUUAUGUUGUGUAUUUAACCAGAACGUUUUUUUUUUCUUCAAAAGGUAAUUAUAGCCAAUAUUUAAAAAUAUAUUAUAAAUAAUAUAAUUUUGGCAGAGAGUAUACAGUUAAUACCCAAAAGGACUUAAUAUUUAACAAUCUGAUAUAUCAAGGUAGUGUCACUUAAGUUUCAUGAUGAGGAACCGACUUUAAGACUAAUAAAUUCAUGAAUAUCACUUGCAUGUCAAAAGUCAAAAUAAUGAAUCAAAAAAAUAUGGUGCAAUGGGCAGAAUUGCACUUUCAUAAGAUUAUAGUUAUAAGAAAAUAACUAUCUGCACAGAUGUAAGGCUUGUUGAGUGUCAUGGUCUAUUUUUGCUUGCUGGUUACUAUGAUCUUAUCCCAUUUUAAAACUAUUACUAUUGGUAUAACUUUCACAUGGAAACAAAACCAGAUUUUGUACCUUUAUAAAUAGCCUACAUUUCAUUAUGUCUUAAUGGAUCUGGUAAUUUGUAGGUGCCAUAAUCUAAAAAAAUCAAAUACUUGGAUGUUACCUUUUCAUAACAUGUUAGCCAAGUUACAUUUCAGCCAUUUUUCUUAAAACUCUCCUUUCAUGAGUGAUAAGAUGUAGGAUUAAGCUUUUUUGUUUUUCACAAUUUAUAUUUUUAACUAUGAAUAUAAUUCUAAACAAAAAGGAUUGUAACUAAUGGUAGUCUUUUACGGUAGCUUUCAUUAAUAUUAUUUGCUUGUAAUUGGUGUUAUUCUUUUAAUUAACCACAAAGGAGCAGAUAUUCAAAUUCUUUUUGUGAAACACAUUUUGAAAAUGCUCUUUAUGCUUCAGAGUAAACCAUUAAUAAUGAUUCUUCUUGGUUGACUGCUUUAAUGACUUCCUUUUGACACUUUAAUGCCAAGUUUGACUUUAACAACAAAGGAAUUUCAAGAAUACAUGAAAAUUAAACUGUGUAAUGUUUUUUCUUAGUUUGCAAUACAACAUUUUUGUAGUCAUUUACUUGUUGCUAGUUUGUGAGUUCACUGCAUCAUAUCAUUUGCGUCAUUUAUCAAAAACAAUAAAUAAAUAAUUAAUAUAUUAGAAAAUUUGUUAAUAAAAGUUUGGAGUUCUCAUUAAUGAUAAAACAAUCUAUAAAUGAAAUUAUUUUAGUAGGUUUGGAUUUUAUCAUGAUAAUAUUUAGUUAUUUUGGAAACUGUGUGACUAUUGUCCACUAUGCAGUGAGUGGUACAGUGAUUUUUUCUGUGGCAAAUCUGAGUUGGUAGUGUCCCUUUUAUAUAUAUAUAUAGAUAUAUUUGACUAUUUGUGAAGUCUUAAAAAUGUGAUUUUAAUUCUUAAUGCUCAUUUUUAAUUUUAGUAUUUUUCCUUUUUGUCUGUAUUAGUACUUAACUAUUAAGACAAGUUCAUAAUGUACUUGCGUUUUCAACACUUAAAUAGGCAAGUUAAUAAUUUAUUGCUUAUAAAGUAUUGCAGACUUGCUAAAUAAUAUGCUGUUAUUCUGUUCAUUUAAAAAUGAAAUUGGUCAUAUGUGCCAUACAGAAAACAAUUUAUCAUUAUUUUUAUUUUCACACUUAAAAUGUUGCUAAAGCUUUAAUAUUACUAACAUCUUGUGGUGAUAGAAGUUAUGGCUAAUGUUAUGUGUGAAACAGUUUCUUUAUAAAGCCUUUACAUAAUCUGUAAAGUUGAGAUAUGUUAGAACAGAAACAUAAUAAAUAAGAAUGUUUAAUUUCAGAUCCAAAAUAUAAAAGUUUACCAGCAAUCUCACAAAUACUUUGGAAUAAAUGUUAUAGGUGGAGGUUUCUACUCUGUUAAAAAUAGAACUCACAACUAUAAAACAAUAGUUUUGAUGUAAUUUUCAACCCCAAAAAGUAUCAUUUCAAACUGAAACCACUAUUUUGCUUUCUGGAUAAAAUAAUGCCAGCUAACGGUAUUAACCAGUUUAUAUUUUAUACAUUUCUAACAUCCUAAUAAUACAUUUGUAAAUGUUAGAAUUACUUAGUAAGCAUAAUAUAAAAGUGCUAAAAAGAAUGCUGUUUAUAUGCAUAGAAAAAGUGGAAAUGAUAAUAUAUAUAUAUGUAUUUUAUUGCACUAAAAAGCCUUCAUAUAUAUAUAUAUACAUAAAUGUACAUGGUGAAGUAGAUGUCGUGGAACAUAGACUAGAAUGAUAUAAACCUAUGCCUUAAUGAAGUUGGUAUCUUUCCUAUUGUAUAAGUUGCUUUUUCAUCAGUUUGUUGUAAUUGGUAUUACAUGAUAUAUGUUUCACCUGUUAAGAAGUGACCUUUUUUGCAAUGAUGGCAGUCAAGUUCAUGAAUUUCCUUUUUUAAAGACCUUAUGAGGUUAUAUAUCUGAUAGUAAGUUUGGAAUGUUGCUUUAUAAGGCACAAUGUAUGUUCUUUAAAAAGAAAAGCAUAGGGAUUCUUAAUAUACCAUUUGUAACUUUAAUGAAUAAUAAAUCUUCUGAAAAUUAAAAGAAAAAAAUAUUAAGUAUUUGUUAAAACCUAUUCAGUUCUUGAAGUAAAUAAAGUUUUUAUAUGUUUAUAUUAAAAUAAUUUAACCAUGAAUGUAAAAGUUACUAUUGCACAUUUAUUUAUUUUUCCUAAUAUUUAGGUUGAUUUUGGCUUUUAUCGUAGCUUUUGUUACAAAACAGCACAUAAAUAAUAAUUAAUGAAAACUUUCUAUAUGAUGCAGGUUUUUGUGAAUUCUCAGUAUUAGUUUUUCGUGAAGGAUCACUUGAUGUAAUGAAAAAAGAAAGAAUGAAGACACUUUAGAGGAGCAUAGUACUAUUUCUUUAUCAAGAUUGUAAUAUGUACUUAUAUUUGUAUUUCUUGCCAAAAUUUACUUAAAUUGUUUUCUAGCACAAUUUACUCUACUGCCCAGAUCUAGUCAAAAUAAUAAAGAAUUGCUCAUUAUAAAUAUGCUUUAAAACCUUUUUUGAGAAUGCAACCUGCUGAUAUGUGUAAUGUAGGGCACUAUUUAAUCCUUGCAUAAUAAGCACUGCUAUCUUUAAAUAACUCCUACAGAAGUACAUUUAAAUGAAAAUUUAAAUUUCUGCCAUAUUUUUGGCUUAGAAGAGCACUAAGCACUAUAUUUUUUUCACUACUUGAGAUUAUAUUAAUGAUGGUUCCUUUUUUUAUGAUUCAGUAGUAAUAUACAUUUUCCAACUUAUUGUUAGUUUUCUAGUUUCUUUGCAAGUAAGAAUUUUAUUUAUUCUUGAUUUAGAGAAUUCUGUGUGUGGCAGCUUUUUUGUAAUACUUUUUAGUGUACUGGUUCUUGUAUUUAUAUAAACUAUGUUGGCUAACAUUUGGUAUAACAGAAAACACCAAAUAAAAUUUUGUAUUCAGUUC